AUUUCGAUGUACACGACAUAGGCAGAAACGAGAAAUAUGUUCAAUGUUGAUCACUACGGCGAGUAGUCCGAGAGAAACUAUAGAUGAAGUGAGGUCGGAAUUCGGUUAGAAAGUUGAUGUUGUGUUAAAUAUAUUCCCGAUAAAUAUAUUCACGAGGAAAAGCAAGAAGAAGAGUACACUUUAUUGCUAAAUUUCUAAAGGAAAGACGCGCAAUCAAGGAUGUACUCGAAGGACUGAUACUAACUCUUCCCUCAUCGCAUUGUGUUCGAAAUUUCGUCGUGUGUUCCCCGUUGGUUUUAGUCCGCUUCGGUUUCCCCGUUACUUAGAAAUUGUAAAAUCUAAAUUAGUUCUAUUAAUUAUAAAGUGAAACGCGUGUGGAUAGAUAGCAGAAAAAAGAAUACAAGAUGCCGUGUUCCGCUGUAACGCUAUCUUUAGCAACAAUAUCCGCCAUUAUUGCAGUUGCACUGUUGGCUAUAGCAUUCUCAACGGAUAAUUGGCUUAGUUACGAAGUGAAAAGGAAUAGCAUACAGUCAUUCGCACAAAAGCAUUCAGAUUCAGAGGCACUUUUGGAAAGUUUAAAUACAAAAUAUUACUAUUACACGCGGACAAGAGGACUGUUUCGAAUAUGCUAUCCGAAAGAACGACCUCCAGCAUCUGCAGUGAAAAUCUACUUGUCUCCAGUUGAAACUCAUUGCUCGAACAUAGAUUACUUCCCGGAUACACCUGAAGAUAAAUCGAUGCCUCCGAACGAUGACUCUAUUUCGAGAUUACAUUUAGCCAGGUCCUGCAUUGCGCUCUUUAUUUUAAGUUUUGUAGCUGUAUUCUGUGCUUUCUGGACAGGAUUGUCGGGUUGUUGGAAACGAUCUUCCGGUGCUAUUACAGCUACUGCAAUUCUUAUGUUAGCUGCCUGCUUACUGGCAGCUGGAGCAAUGGGCCUGUGGCAUACUGUUGAGUUCUUUGAAAAAGAAAAGGUUGUCGGCGAAGAGUUUUAUCAACAAUGGAACACUGUCCUUCGCGAUAAUACCCGGACAACAUACGAUUGGUCUUACUACAUUGCAUGGUCCGGAGUUGGUGCAAGUUUAAUUGCAGCCAUUCUACUGUCGGGAGCAGCGAUUUGCUUACGGACUGAACGGGAGAAGGAAGAACAACUCAAUUUGCAGUAUUUGAUGCCAGUGUACUCGCAAAAGCAACCACCGUACCCACCAUACGCAGGCUACCCACAACCCCAGGUGUACCCCGGUCCAUAUUAUCAUGGAUCUCAAUAUGGCCCGUACAACUACUAGGCACAAUAGGUCAACGUAGGCAAAUAAAUCAAAAACAUUCAAACAUAGUUAUAUCCAAAUUAGCAACAGAGAACUCUUUACCAGAUAGUCUUCCAUUUAUAAAGAAAUUUCAUAACGAAUUGUUCAUUUAGGGAGAGCCAUGCUUAUAAUGCAAAAUUUUUGUUGCUAGCUCUGAGGUAUUUUCAAGGGACUCCUCCCUUCCAAAUAUAAAAUUCUACUGACUGAUGGGCAAUCCUGAAAAUUUACACGAGCAAUACUCCCUGUUGUUAUCGAGUCAUAUCCUUGUUCGAACCACAGUGCACUGUUAUCUCUACAACUCUCGUCUUAGUUCUCGAUAAGUUUUGUUUUGUUUGCAGAAAAGCUGUUGAAUAAAGGUAGAACUGAAUAUCCAAACACCACACAAACAACGAAUCUCACGUUUACCUUUCUUUUUCUGUUGUGUAUUUAUGUGCUAAAAAUAUAGGAAUAAUUAGGUUUAGUGGAACUAGAGAACGUGGCCAAUCAUCACACGCAUAUUAUUCACUUAUGGUAGCAUAUCGUGUUACUCGAUUAUUAUUAAGACUUCCAGGAUAUUCUAAGGUAUUUAAGAGAAGGAACACACGCUUGUUGUAUAGAUUGUCCUUGUUUUAAUCUAUUCGUACGAGUACUCGUUAUUCCGUUCGAGUUUAAGAUAUAAACUUGUUGAAGAGAUAUUUGUGUCGUUCUUUUCAAUGAAAUUCUAUUAUUAUUAAAUUAGUUAUAGAGCUAAGGAAAGACUAGAAUAUUAUGUAAAUAUUUUUACAUUUCAAAGUGGACACAUAUAUUUAGAAUAAAUAUUUUUCUUUUAA